AACAAAGGACUUUCCCAGAACGCAGUUGGUGGGUUGUUCUUCAAACUCGAAGCCGAUAACAUUACUUAAAGGAUUAUAAUAAAUUAAUAAUAAUAUUGUUGUUUAUACUAAUAACAAUAUUAUCACCAAACCUGGAGUGGAAGAAAGGCAAAGUGAACCCAUUUGUAAGCAGAAUAGCAGCAAGCUUGAGGCCAAAAGCUAUGCCAUUGAAUAUAGUUCACGAUAAAGAUGGAUUGCCCAAAAUUAUAUUGACUGAGCCAACUGGGUCAUCUGCUGAGGUGCUUUUGUAUGGCGGGCAGGUUGUUUCUUGGAAGAAUGAACGAAGAGAAGAACUGCUUUUUUUAAGCAGCAAGGCAUUUUGGAAACCACCUAAAGCCAUCAGGGGAGGCAUACCUGUCUGCUUUCCACAGUUUGGAAAUCUAGGUUCUCUAGAGCAACAUGGAUUUGCAAGGAACAGAAUGUGGUCAUUGGAUGAUGACCCUUCUCCUUUGCCUCCAGCUAACAACCAGUCAUCUGUCGAUCUGAUAUUAAAGUCCACAGAAGAGGAUCUAAAGACCUGGCCACGUGGCUUUGAGUUGCGUCUUCGUAUUUCUCUCAGUGCUGGCAAGUUGACUUUGAUCCCUCGUGUGAGAAAUGUGGACAGCAAGGCCUUUUCCUUUACAUUUGCACUGCAUAAUUACUUAUCUGUAUCAGACAUCAGUGAAGUGCGUGUCGAGGGCUUGGAGACACUUGAUUACUUUGAUAAUCUGAUGCAUAAAGAAAGGUUCACAGAGCAGGCAGAUGCUAUUACCUUCGAUGGCGAGAUUGACAGAGUGUAUUUGAGCACCCCAACAAAGAUUGCCAUAAUAGACCAUGAAAAGAAGAGAACCUUUGAGCUGAGGAAAGAUGGCAUGCCAGACUCAGUUGUAUGGAAUCCUUGGGACAAAAAGGCUAAAGCUCUGCCAGAUAUGGGGGAUGAGGAUUACAAAACCAUGUUAUGCGUGGAUUCUGCUGCAAUUGAAACUUCAAUAAUGUUGAAACCCUUUGAAGAGUGGAAGGGCCGACAAGAACUCUCUACCGUGUCAUCGAGUUAUUGCAGUGGGCAGUUGGAUCCUCGGAGGGUUCUUCAUGGCUUUCACUGAGCUCAUCGAUGGAGAUUAGAUGGAGAACUCCUUGUAAUUUACAUAACUUAUCUUAUUUAAUGUAGCAAUAUGCAUACACCCGCUAGUCCAUGUAUCAUCUAUGAUGUGUUAUUUAAGCCAGCUGUAUGUAGUAGCUAGCAACAUCAUUCAAAGUAUCACAGGGUUGAGCAACAUAAAUAUUAUCAGUGUUGCCUCUUUGUGAUGAUGAGGAAUGCCGCAUUUAUCUGUAUCGAAACAUUAUCGAGUGAAAGAUUAUCCAAAAAGAAAUCUUUUAGUUCCGAGUUA